CAUGGCUGACACAUCAAUCCCACCUUUCAACAAAUUGGUGCAGUCGAAACUACGUCAAGUACGGUCUCAUUAUAAGUACAGUUAAAACAACAGGACACAGCAAUAAAGAUCCUUUCUGUCACACCACAGAAACAGCCAUCACAAGAAGUCUUCACUACGGCGUCCUCUUAAGUAAAAACUCAAUGCUUCGCUGGAAGGCCCUUAAAGGUCUGUCCGUAAUCAACGAUAUUUAUCAGCGAUUCCAUAACACGACAGUACAUACAAGGACGCCCCAGGAAUUCCGGAAAAAGUGCAAGGCAUUAUCAACACUCAAGUGUUCCGAACGUCACGUGACCUUUGCCUCUGAUGAUUUUGAGUUCCCGACUCUGUGGACAUUCUUACAACAUGGUAGCAUUACAAGCAAGAUGGAGGUGUUGUUUGAGAGUCGAAAUUUGAUGAUUCUGAGGAGAUACUUCAGAAGUGACAGGCACAUCCCAGAGGAGAACGAGAAGUGUGUGUGUGUACCGAGAAUUUAUCGUGAAACACUGAAAUCUAAAGCUGUAUAAUUCAAAACAUGUCACAACAAAAUGAGUAUGCUGCAAGGGAUUAUUAAUUAAAAAAUCAUAUGGAUAAAAGAAGAAUUAGAGAUUGCUCCUUUAAAAGACUUCUCUAUUUUGUUUUCAAUGAUAACAUACCCUCUCCAGUUGAAUUGAUGUUUUCAAAUUUUUACCUUUAAAUAAUUGCACAUAUAUCAUUAUUUUAAAUAUAUUCAAUAUAACAAAAAGGACUUUAAUUGUUAGGUUAUGACCAAUAUUUGCCCCCGAAAUCAAACUUUGACGAAGAAAUAUAUAAUUAAAUUUUGAAACAGGGGAAUAUCUGCAGGCAAACAUGUUUAAAAGUGUAAACCGAUGUACAUUCGUCUUGAAUGCUCUUGAAAAUAAACAUAAAUCAAGUAAGGAAUGAAUUUAAAUCUUCACUAAGUUUACAGUUUAGAAGUAUCAAUAUGUAAUUAUGUUUAUUUCUUAUAUGUAUGACUAAGUUCUCCUUGGCUAUAAAUGAAAUAUAUGGCAAUAACAAACAGUAUUUAUAAAGCUCAAAAGUCCAUUGAACUACACAAAUUUUGUUGCAGAGCAACCAUGGAUUAUUUAACAAUCAGAGGUAGGAUCAGGUGCAAUGGAGAAGUGAAUAUUUCCUGCUGACCUAUUCACUUAAUUGUAGAAUGAUUUUGUUUAAAAGUUGAUUGUAUCGACCACAGAAUCUUU